GCUCGAAACACAAGCUCGCUCUGUUGUUAGAGAAAUGAACCUGCCGUCCAGGGAGGAGUGUGAGAGCUGGGAGACCACGCAGGUGGCCUUCUUCCUGAACAAGAACCAGAUGGAGGAAUGCGCCGGCACCGUGAUAAGACUGAGGAUCAAUGGACACCGAUUUCUGAACAUGUCUGACGUCGACGUGAGCAAGUUCAGUCCGCUUCAGCAACCGCAGCUACAGAAGAUCGUCCAGGACAUCCGGAAAAACGACGGCAGUUUGCUGGACAAGCUGCGACGACUGAAAAGCAAACCUCUUCCCAAGGUCCCAGCUCGAGACUACAGAGGGGGCACCAGAGAAAGCGAUGAAGACCUCUCCGGAUCUGAUUACGACAACGACACGUGGAAUGAGCCUCCCUUUCACAAUGGAGAAUACGAGCCGCCCCCCAGUCACCGAGACUUCUCCUUGCCACAGACGCAGUUCCACCAGAGCGAGUAUCUCGACGGCUGCCGUGACCCGCCCGAGCGGCCUCCAAAGAAGGCGUUUAGGUCCUGUAAAGAGCUGAAGCCACUGCCUUCGCAGCCGGCUGAGGAGGAGGACACUGAUGGCGACUACAUCAGUCCGGACGGUGGCACUGACGAGGAAAACUACAUUCAACCUACAGAGGGUCCCGCUGCAGACUGCUAUGAGGUUCCUGAAAUGGAAGAGAACUCGAUGACAUCAUCGACAAGCAGGCUACAUCCCACCAUCAUGUCCCUCCCUCUUCCUCCCAAACCCAGUCCAAGGCUGCAUAGGAAGACUUCGCCGUCCAGAGGCCAGAGACACGCAGGCGACGGGGCCUUCGAUGACAGCGACGAGGACAGACCUCAUCGUUUAGAGCGUCGGCAGCAUGUACCGCCGAAACCUCGACAUCCAGAGAGGUCUCCAAAACUACCCUGCAAACCUCAGCGAGCUGAUGCAAGAAGAGAACCUGAGAUCCCCUCACUACUCAUCCAACACACGGACCAGAAACCAUCUCCGACACUGUUUUCACUGGACCUCAAACGACCCAUGAUCCCGCUUCCUCCCUUCAGCUCCCUUCGACGAACUGAGCGGAACAGUGGGACAGACCAGGACAAGGAGGCGGGCGUGCGUGAGAAGCCCUGGUUCAGCAGCACGUGUGACCGAAAGACUGCGGGCGACGCCGUGAGUCACUCCAACAAAGACGGGGCGUUCCUGGUGAGGAAGAGCUCGGGUCAUGACGCCCAGCAGCCGUAUACGUUAGUGGUCUUCUACAACGGCCACGUCUACAACAUCCCCAUCCGCUUCAUCGAGUCCACACAGAAAUACGCCCUGGGGAGUGAGAAGAAGGGCGAGGAGUACUUCAACAGCGUCGCCCACAUCAUCGAGAACCACCAGAGGAACCCCCUGGUUCUGAUCGACAGCCAGAACAACAGCAAGGACGCCGCUCUACUCAGCUACCCCGUCACUCUCUGAAAGUUUUCCUCGACACAGACGCAAGACCACCCACUCAUUGGAAUUCCUGUUUUAUUAAAAUGCUUCUGCAGGUUCAGUCAGUAAACAGUGGAUUGAAAUGAACGCGAGGAAUGAAGCGGAAAAAAAAAGAAGCAUCUCGCCGUCGACGCCGUUUUGUUAUAACAAACUUUUGAAAUCUGCUCACGUGUUCAGUCGCCUCAUUUCUUCGUUCAGCCACGCUUCCACUUGUGUUGUUGCAUAAGUUGGACACAAUAGGCACUUGGUGAAAAACAUCCUACAGUACCUCUAACAGGACUUUAUACACUUAGAAAUCUUCUGAAAAAAAGCAUAUCUACAAAACACUCCAUUUUUGUGCGAGCCACAGAGAUGAGCACUUUUGUCAGCACUUCAAUGGUCCUUGACAGACACACACAUACAAACUCACACAGACGCGCGCACGCACGCACACAGCCAGAGCCACAGUUCCCUUGCUGAAUACUGAGUAACCAUGGCUGCACGAGGAGACUGAGAUUGUCGUCGGCUUGGACCUGCUGCAGUGAGGUAACGGGAAAUAGAAACUCCUCUAAUAGUGCAAUUUAAUUCGACACAAAAAUCAUCAAUUCAAGUCUAUAGCGAGGAAACACCACCAUCCAAUCCAGGCCUGAUUUCUAAAUAGAUUUCGCUUCAUCGACCACACACAGGUUUAAGGGGGCAGAGGGGGGUGAUAGAGUCUGAGAGACUCCGCCCACAGGAAAUAAUAGCAUCUCAAGACAAUUUGUACAUGAUACAAAACAGAUAUACAGCGACACUUCUAAUGGCCAAAAGAGAAGCUGGAAGGAAAGCAGGCAAGUUCUUGAAGUCAUAAAUAAAAAAUGAA